UCCCCAAAAAAUAAAAAUGAAGAAUGGAAGUGGCAGCCAAAGAAGCAUUUACCUUCCAAUCUUAGUUGUAUCUUCUGUCUUUCUAUUUGGAUAUUUUCUGUUUAAUGAACAUGUGAAUUUCAUCUCACUUCCAUUUCCAAGACUUAAAGAGCCUUUACGAGAACCAGUUUCCAACUCCAGCAAUCCAUUAGUUCAAGAAAAUGCCAAGAUUGUGGAUAAUGAAGAACCCCAAAUGGAGGGUAGUACUGCAGAUCUUGAAAAAUCGGCCAAGGUGAUUCAAGAACAGGAAAGUAUGGAACUGCUAAAUCUUGAAGAAGCAGAUGAAGAUGUUGUGGUUCCACCAGAAGAUUGUAAUAUCUUCAUAGGAGAGUGGGUUCUUGAUAACUUGACUCAUCCUCUAUACAAAGAAGAUGAAUGUGAGUUUCUUUCAGAGGAAGUGACUUGCCUCAGAAAUGGAAGGAUGGAUUCUCUGUACCAGAACUGGAGAUGGCAACCUAGAUAUUGUCAUUUGCCGAAGUUCAAAGCAAAGUAUUUGCUGAAUAAGCUUCAAGGAAAGAGGCUAAUGUUUGUUGGAGAUUCACUGCAACAUCAACAAUGGCAGUCUUUGAUCUGUCUGGUUCAGUCUGCCAUUCCUCCACACAAGAAGAGCUUAAUGAGCUAUUCAAUUUCUCUCACUGUCUUCAAAAUGGAGGAAUAUAAUGCCACCAUAGAGUUUUAUUGGGCACCAUUCUUGGUGGAGUCCAAUUCAGACGAUUUAUCAAAUAGAAAUGGCCAAUCAGAUCGUAUAAUUUUUCCAGAAUCAAUCUCUAAACAUGGUGAUAACUGGAAGAAUGUUGAUUACCUUAUAUUUGACAACUAUAUUUGGUGGAUGAACUCUCCUUACACCAAAGUAUCGAAAAAACGAGGACCGUUGGAUGAAGGGGCAAUAGCAGAGUAUGAUGAAAUUGAAUUGCCAAUAGCAUAUGAGAGAGCUUUGAGGACUUGGGCUAAAUGGGUGGAAAAAAAUGUUAAUCCAAACAAAACUUCUGUUUUCUUCAACAGCAUGUCUCCUACUCAUAUCAAGAGCUUGGAUUGGAACGAUCCUGAUGGGAUCAAAUGUGCCAAUGAGACUACCCCAACUCUUAACAUGACCAAGCCAUUGGAAGUGGGCACAAACCACCAGCUUUUUGAGAUUGCAGUGAAUGUGACUCAAUCCAUGAAACUACCUGUCUACUUCCUCAAUGUAACUACACUAUCUGAAUACCGGAAAGAUGCGCAUACCUCUAUUUAUACAGCGGUUGAUGGCAAGGUACUCUCGCCGCAGCAGAAGUCCGAUCCAGCCAAAUAUGCUGAUUGUCUUCAUUGGUGUCUUCCAGGAUUGCCUGAUACAUGGAAUGAAUUGCUCUAUACUCGUAUCAUCUCUAAUUCUUGAUUAAUAGAACUUUUGUGUCUUUUUUCAAGAUUUACACAGGAAAAAAGUUUAAUUAAUGAUAUGGAAUUUUUGUGUACCUUCAAUGUGGAUGGAAUAUAUCUAUAUUUUGAAGUGAAAACUUGUGAUCGAUGACUAUAAGUUAAAUAUUGUUUUAUUCUUUUAAAAUUAUAUCAUCAGUUUUACUCUUA